CAGCAUCACUGGUCCACACACAAGAGUAUAUAACAGGGAUGCUCAGGCAGCAUACUGUCAAGGGGAGGAAAGCAAGAGAGUGGGGAAAAGACACUAUUUUCUUCUCCUGUGUGGUCUUUGAAAAGCAAGGCAACAGCAUCUUUAGACAAGAUGUGCUCUUGCAGGAAUUUAAGUGGAACAGACAAAGAAAUCAUGCCACCAGCAGCAUCAGAGAAAAAAACUGAAAUCACCAAGCAAUAAGAAUUCAGUCCAGAGAUUCUGAGGAGAAGAAAAAGCAAACUGGCAAACAAAGAUCAGUCAGGAAAUAAUUCAUGUAGAAAGGGAUACAAAAAAAUUGUUGUUUGCAACAUUUCACAGCAGCAUCACCAUAAAGCAAUUCUGUUCUGGAAUUUCCAUCAGGGAGCGACGAGCAUUACGAUUAAGAUCCAAACAACAUCCUCAGCGCUGCAGCUUCUCCAAAGAACAUCUUCCCUUUCCACAGGGAGAUCAGCAUCAAGAGAGGAAAAAAAACCUCCCAAGCAACAUCCUGAUGGGAAUAACCAUCCAAAACAUCACAGGAAACACAGCAAUGGUAAUUUGGCCAAAAAUGGCCAGUUGUGUCGACAGCUUUUACAGCAUCAUGUACCACCCUAACUGGAACAGCAUGCUGUCCAGCUACUCCAGAAAGAGCUUUCAGAGGGAAGAGAGGGUGCCCACCACUCGUUCCUCCUUUGUUGUCGAAAACCUGACUCCCCUCACAACAUACAUCAUGUGCGUGACCUGCCAGUCCGCAAACCCCUCCAGCGACCAGUGCAGAGUUUUUAACACACUGGAACGAGACCCAGCCUCGGCGAGCAACACCAAGAAAGAGCUGGCCCUGGGCAUCUGGCUCACCAGCAGCGUCCUGCUCCUCACCAUCGCCGCAGUCCUGCUCUACGGCUGCCUGCACCUGCUGUGCCGCAGGAGACACCAGCGCUCGCAAGAGCGCAACAGGACCUCCAAACAAGAGCAUGAGGAGCCAUGGACCAAAAGCGCGGCGCACGCCUCAGAUGAGCUCAGCAGGCAGAGCCAGCACACACAGGAUGCUGAGGAAAAGCAUCCAGGUGGCAUCCAGCUGGCCACAAUCAUAGAGAAUCCCUCAGUGUGCAAUGAGCCCAUCGUGCCAUCUUCUAAAAGUCAGGAGCAAGUCCCAGUAACGGGACAGUGCUCUGCUAUAAAAUAGAAAUGUUUUGUCCAGGAGAAGAUUUUUGCUACAUAAGGUACCCAGCUACUUCAAAUGCAUCACAUGCACUGUUGGUGCUCACAACAGGGAGCUCCAACUGCUCGCUGCAGCACUCCUGGAUGUACCUCUGAUAUCACACCCUUUCCAAAAGCUUGUAUGCAAAGGUCCAAACGCCCAAGAAGUGAGCACUUCAGACACCCUCCAUUAUUUAAAAAUGAAGCAUGUAGCAAGUAAUUGGUUUAUAUUCUAAGGAGAUUUUUUUCAUUGCUAUUCUUUAGCCUAAAACAGCAAACAAAUAUAAAAAGUAACCAGAAGUGACCAAAAUAAUUUUUGCUAACUAGCAUGAAUAAAACUGAGUAGGAGUUUUCAGAUGGCAACCCAGACUGCUACACUAUAGGCAACUGGAACAUACACACAGAGUGCACUGGUUUGCCAGUGUGAGUUUUACCCUGACAAUCCCAGCUGCUUCCCAAAACACACACUACAAGCAGUACUAUACUUAGACAACACAAUUCACUGCCCAUGGUGUUGUCCAUCCCUCCCAUCUGCACUGAGGUCAGUCUUAGAAUGUAAGAAUGUAAUUAAUUGUAUCCUCUCAUCUGUCUAAUUUUCCCUCAGUCUAAUACAUGCAAGAUAGUGACUUUGUAAGGACAUGUCUAAUUAAGGAAAUAUCCUGGGUUAUUUCAUUUUGCACUCUUCUGCUCCCACCACAAGCUACCUUCUGCUCCAUGGGCCAGAGACUCCCUGCAGAGAAAUGGAAUUCAGAGAUGCAGCUCCUGGCUCUUCCUUUUCUCUUUCCCUUUCAGUUUUAAUGAUAACAUGUGUUAAUCAGCUGCAAAUUUCUUUCCAAUUGCACAGUACAUUCUGUGUAAUGAAGGGGGGCAAAACAGUAAAAACAUGCCAAAAUGCAUUUUAUUUUUGUAACAAGAAAACCUGCUGAUCAUCUCACUCUGCCUUGAGCUUCAUGGCAAAGUGCCAAGGUCCUUUGGACAGAAAUUUGCUCACCCUCACAACGUGACAAGUGUUGUCUGAUUUACAUGUACAAGUCACCCUGUUUAAAAUCUCUUAAGUGCAUUUGUGUUCCAUUAAAACCUAAUAAAUCUUA